CUCUGCUUCCCCUUGGUCCUUAGAACACUUGCAACUAUGUCUUCUGUCUGGGUUAUUCUACCCCUAUUCAUUUUCAUCAUGUACAUCUGCACAGGGACCUACUGUGCUCCGGACUUCCAGAUUACAACAGUUGACCCCGGCUUCCCCAGAAAUAUCAGCACAAAUGAUCCUGCAGUAAAAAAUGCGGCCAGGGUAACCGUAUACGCUUAUAACAACAAGUCCAAUGAUAGCUUUCUCUUUAAGGAGCUGGAGGUUCAGAAGGCUAUGAUUCAGAUUGUAAAAGGAGUGAAAUACUUGCUGCAGACUAAGAUAGGAAGAACCGUCUGCCCAAAGAAGGAAUUUUACAACUUGGAUCAAUGUGACUUUCAGGAGGACAAUCCUCUCAAGCAGACCUUCUCAUGCUAUUCUGAGGUUUGGAACAUUACCUGGCUUCACGUGGAAACCGUCCCAGUGCUUCGCUGCCAAGACCUGAAGUGAUCACACAGGACCUUUAUUUCCAGGACACAGAACAAAAUAUUUUGUUAAUUGAAAGUGAAAUAUAAUAUGCACAUUGAUACAGAUUAAAACAAUAGACACUGCAUUAUACAAUUAUCUUGCCAUACAUUUUGUGUAAGUCAAAGGCAAGGAGAGCCACUCGGCAAAGACUGGACACUUUGUGAUAUCAUCUCGACAGCACUGCAUUUCCUGUGUUGUUACCUGAAGGCCCAUAGGGGAGAAACUAACUGGAGUGCAGGGUAUGGACCGUUGUACAGUCAAAUAUGAAGAAUAACAACACCAGCUAUUCCUAUCUUGCUUACCAGCAUGAAUGGUGCAGGCAUAUAAUAUACUAAACCCAUCCUAUAAUUACUAUGAAGGACUGUAAGCAGUGCCAAGUUUGGUCAAGUGCUGGUACCUGACAAGUGUGGAUCGGACUUUUCACCUGUUAUUACAUUUUCCUUAUGCAGCUUCCCUGCUCAGAUGGAUGUUUUCCAGUGCUUUCAUUGUGAUCAGUGUGCUGCCAUUGCUCAUCCAACAGAAUCAGUCUGCUGUCUCUACAUUAGAGCAAAGUUAUAUAUUAUACUCCAUUUUAUAAUGAUACAUUACAUUUCUUAUAUUAUACGUUAAAUAUUGUU